AUGGAAAACAAGCACGAAUUCUCGUUGACAGUGAAGCAACGAAUUCAUUGUGUCGACCCGGACUGUGCACCAUUAUUCAUCAAGAACAAGAAAGUCAUCGUUGAAGGCUUUGAUGGGCACAGCUCUGGUCCCCAGCAAGUGAAGGAAGUUCAAGGAUCAAUCAAGUUCAAUGGAUGGAAGUUCCCCAAUAUGCCCUUUACGGAAUGGGAUUUGGGAGAGAAGAACUUUGACGCCAUCCUGGGCCAGCCGUGGUUUGUUCGCUACAACCCUCUCAUCGAUCGGAGAAGCCACAAGAUUCUAUCGAUUAAUGGAGCAGAAACCAUCGAUCAAGCGAACAACGGUUGGAUUCUGAAGAUUUUCUCUGUGAAAGAAGCCCAGAAGCAAGUGGAACCGAUGAUUCAAGACGUGUUGGACGAGUUUAAGGACGUUUUCCCCAAGGAAUUGCCUGCCGAACUGCCACCAGAACGAGGAAUUGAGUUUGACAUGCCGAUGCGCCCUGAUGCAAAGCCGCAGUACAGGCCGCCCUUUCGACUCUCCAAGGUGGAAAGAACUUCCCUCGAACAACUACAUCGACGACCUCAAACGCAAAGGAUGGAUUCAGCUAUCGAACAGUGA